AGCUUGUCUAACUGAAUGGAAAUUUCUAGAACACUAGAAAAGAUGCAUUGGUACCAUACACAGGAAUUCAUUGAACUUCAAACACCCUCGAGAAAUGAAGGAAUUGACUUUGAAACCGAAGCAAGAUACCGAAAAGAAGGAGCACGUUUUAUCAUGGAGCUUGGGAACAAGUUAGGACUACGCUAUUUAACUAUGGCAACUGGUAUAGUCUUCUACCAUCGAUUUUACAUGUUGCAUUCUUUUAAAGAAUUUUCAAGAUGGGUAACAGGUGCAACUUGUUUAUUUCUGGCUGGUAAAGUUGAAGAAACGCCAAAAAAGUGUCGUGAUAUACUGAAAGUUGCUCAGCAGUCUUUAACAGAUAGUCAGUUCAAAAGAUUUGGAGAAAACCCAAGGGAGGAAGUGAUGAUCAUUGAAAGAAUACUCCUGCAGACGAUUAAAUUCGACCUCCAAUUGAGUCAUCCUUAUCAAUAUCUAAUAAAGUUUGGAAAAUUACUUCAAGGAGACAAAAGCAAAAUAAACGAACUCGUUCAAAAAGCUUGGAUAUUUAUUAAUGAUAGCCUAUCCACGACGUUAUGUUUAGUAUACAAACCUGAAGUGGUUGGUCUGGCUGUGUUAUUGCUUGCUUUUAAAUUAUCCAAUCAGAAUAUCAGAGAUUUGAUGGCCAAGCCGCGUGUUGAUUGGUGGAAGGAGUUUUAUGCUGACGCUGACGAAAAAGAACUUGAAGAAAUAUGUAAAGAACUUAUGAACAUGUAUGAAGGGAAGGCACCUAAACGACGUUUUCCUAAUCGCCACAUCGAAAAGAUGAAAUCGAGCAGUCAGAGUAGCAGCCCCGUGCCACCCGGCAGUCCUCAGAUAAAAAAACAGAAAAUGUCAUCACCGUCCACUUCCACGACAGCGGCGACUACUGCCACCACCGUCUCCAGUGCCACCGUUUCAAACAUCACUGCAACAUCUUCCACAACAACAGACACAAUAACCACCAACACGGAAACAAAAACUACCGCUGAAACAGUUGAAAAAGAAGAAGAACCUGUUGAAAUAAAGACAAAACUAUCUACCGCUACCACGCCGGAAAAAACGGUCGUUACUUCAACGGAAAAUGACUCAACUAUUACCUCUGGUGCCAGCGUAACAGUAGAUAACGAAAAGGUAGAGUCUCAAGUUGAUGUAAAAGCGGUGCAACGGAGUAGCGCAACCACGCAGGUUCAACCAGAACCGCCACAGCCACCACAAGUUAAUUAUGUGCAUCCACAGCAACCGCAACUUCCAGACAAUAAACAACAGCAGCAGCAGCUACAGUAUCAAUAUCAACAUCUUCAGACGCAACAGUCUUUGCAACAACAACAACAGCAUCCGAUGCAACAACAGUUGCCCCAGCAACAGCUUCAGACCCAGCAACAGCUUCAGACCCAGCAACAGCUUCAGACACAGCAGCAGCUUCAGACACAGCAGCAGCAGCUUGCGUCGCGACAACGACAGCAACAACUAGCCCAGCAACAACAUAUGGUACAACAAACAAAUUACCAACAACAACAACCAUUUGGUCAGGCGAACAUUUCAAUGCAACCCUCCAACGUAGUUUCUUCUCAAGCUCCAAUUGUUGACCAUAUGUCUUCAUUCUUCCAAGCAGCUCAACCAUAUAAUCAAUUUCCUAACCAAGCUUUUUCUACGCCACCUCAAAAUUUCACGGUGCCGCCUUUUCCGCCACAACAACAGACUUUCCCUCAACCUCAUCUACCAGGAUUUAUGAACAUGGCACAGGUUGCUCAGAGAAAUAAUUUUAUGGACGCAGGGAAUAAUACAACACAGGGGUUUAACUUUGCAAAUGCUCGAUCAAUGAUGAUGCAACCGCCGGGAAAUUUACCCCACCAGUUGCCACUACCUCCUGUUUUUCAAGGUGCACCAUGGAUGCCCCCACCCUAGCAAAUUUUACAUAUGUUUCCAUAAAUUGAUCUAGAUUUGUGUAUCAAGAUUUUUAUGAUAACUAUUUUGAUA